AUUAACCUGACUGAAAAGCCAAAUGGAGUCCCUCCUGGUUUACCUGAUAGUCCUCGGUGUGGCCGUGAAGGCCCACAAAAUCCAGGUCUGCCCCAAACGCUGUGUCUGCCAGGUGCUCAACCCCAACUUGGCAACUUUGUGCGACAAAAAGGGUCUUCUGUUUGUGCCCCCGAACAUCGACAAGCACACGGUGGAGAUGCGUCUCGGGGAUAACUUUGUAACCAGCGUCAAACGGAAAGAUUUUGCCAACAUGACAAGGCUUGUGGACCUGACCUUGUCUCGAAACACUAUCGGCUCCAUCGCACCCCUCGCUUUCAAGGACCUGGAGAACCUGCGAGCCCUUCACCUGGAUAGCAACCGUCUGUCCCGCAUCAUCAACGACACCUUCAGCGGCAUGUCCAAGCUGCACCACCUCAACCUCAACAACAACCAGCUCUCAAACAUACACAUCGGGGCCUUCAAUGAUCUGACAGCGCUGGAAGAGCUGGACUUAUCCUACAACAACUUGGAAAGUGCGCCGUGGGUGGCCAUUCAGAGGAUGUCCAAUCUCCAUACGCUCAAUUUGGACCAUAACAUGCUCGGUUACAUCCCAGAGGGCACCUUCUCGGGGCUGCAGAAGCUCAAGAGGCUGGACGUGACUUCCAACAAGCUCCAGAAGCUUCCCCCUGACCCUAUUUUCCAAAGAGCCGGGGUCCUGGCCACCUCUGGGAUAAUGGGGCCCACGUCGUUUGCGUUGAGCUUUGGAGGGAACCCGCUGAGGUGUAACUGUGAGCUUCUCUGGUUGCGGAGGUUGCGGAGGGAGGAUGAUCUGGAGACCUGUGCCUCACCGCAACACCUCGCCGGGCGCUAUUUCUGGACUGUCUCAGAGGAAGAGUUCCUGUGUGAGCCUCCUCUCAUCACCAGGCACUCUCAGGAGCUGCGAGCGUUGGAGGGUCAGAGUGUGACAAUGCGCUGUAAGGCCAGGGGGGAUCCCGACCCCAUUAUCCACUGGAUCGCCCCUGAUGGACGCCUGAUGUCCAAUUCCUCCAGGGCCGCAGUCCACUCAGACGGCACGUUGGACAUCCUCAUCAGCACCGUCAAGGACUCCGGUUCCUUCACCUGCGUGGCCUCCAACCCGGCAGGUGAAGCCCAGCAGACGGUGGAUCUUGUCAUUGCCAAACUCCCUCAUAUCACCAACAACACAGUCGCAGAGCAGGAGCCCGACCCCGGGUCAUCAGAUAUCGCCACAGUGACAAAAACGGGGGUAGAGGAUGGAGGUUUGCCUCUGGGGAACGCAAAGACGAGCCAGGAGAAGAAAGUAGUGAUCGCUGAGGCCACGUCCACCUCGGCCAUGGUCAAGUUUAACUUCCAGAGGAGUAUUCCUGGAAUACGCAUGUUCCAGAUCCAGUAUAAUGGCACCUAUGAUGAUUCACUGGUUUACAGAAUGAUACCCCCGACCAGUAAGAGCAUCACGGUUAACAACCUGGCGGCGGGAACGCACUACGACCUGUGUGUGCUGGCCAUUUACGAUGACCAGGUCACCUCGCUGACGGCCACCAGGGUGAUCGGGUGUAUCCACUUCACCACAGAGCCGCAGUACCUGAGAUGCCACUUCAUGCAGUCCCAGUUUCUUGGCGGCACCAUUGUGGUUAUCAUUGGAGGGAUAAUUGUGGCCUCAGUGCUCGCCUUUAUCAUCUUCCUCAUUGUGCGCUACAGGGUGUGUAACCAAGGAGAUACAGAUAAGGCUCUAGAGAUGGGGGAUAUUCGCUCACUGAGCAGUGAUGGACAGCUGCAGGGCUGUGGGGUUCCUAAGUCCCUCUCCAAGCAGGUCCUGCGUCCCGAGAAGAACGACAAGGAGUGCCUCCGGAUUUCCCUGCCGCCUCCGGAGCCAGCCAAGCAGAAACAGCCCGCCGUUGAAGCCUCCACCAAACCCACCAUCCCAGACUGCACUGUCUCCAACUCUGCUGCCACUCACAGCUGGCACCCGGCCUCCCCGGGCGCUCCCCGGCCCAAACGCUCCACCGCUCCACCCAAACCCUCAGAGGCUCGCCGGGCUGAUGUGGAGCUUGAUAACAUGAACCGGAAUAACUCGUCAGAGGUUAAAAUGAACACCGCCGUCGCACUGGCUUUUCCUGGCCAGCCCAACAAAUGGACCGCAGCACCCAGGGGUCCGCGGCCCCAGCCAGCGCCUCGACAUUACAUGACUGUACCCGCAGGGGGAGUGAGGGUGAACCGCAGGCACUCCCUGAACGCUGACUCAUAUAUGGAGCACUGUUAUGUGGCUUACCCCAGACCCGGGGCCAGCCUGCGCUCCAAGAGAAGCCUGUCGAUGAGCGUGGAGCUGCCGCAGCUGGACGGCUCCACAAACAUUCACCGGGCCAGGGACAAGUUCUCCAAGUCUGAGUGGCUUCUGGAGAGCACUUUAUGAUUUGGAGUUUAUCACCUGCGGUCCCUCGUUUUCUUGGAUCGGAUUUGUGGCCCGUUGUGGAACAGACAAGGGAUUUAAUGCCUGAUUUUGAGCUUUUGUGCUCUCUAUUGACGGACCUGUAAGCUUCUCUCAUAUAUAUGAGGGCAAAGCAGGCACACAGGGUUAUUGGGAAACAUUUCAAAAAUAUGUUUUCGACCUUAUACCCUAUCAGUCAUCUUUGUAACGGCGUUUGACGAGACUUUGACGGAUGGCACAACGAUGUAUAAAACAACUUCAUGUACAAAAAAUGUUUAGUUGUGUGAGAUGCUAUAUAUUUCAGUACAACCAUAGGUGUUCAUGUGGUAUUGGAUGCAGUAAUCUGGACAUACUGUAUUAUAACCAAGAGAGAAACAUGCAGGGGGUUAUUAUACUCAGUGUCAUUCCCUGUUACUUAAAGCGAUACAAUCUCUGUAGACUUUGAACAUGAUUCUUGUCUCCAGCUCUACAGAAAGACGGUGACUUGUCUUAAUUACCUUGGUGGUGGAUGGAGAGAUUAUGAAUGUGCUUUACAUCCCAGAGGUGUUGGAACAGAAUGUAGUAGACAGACAGCGCUCCAUCUUUCCAUCCCUGACACCCCCAAACACAGCACAAUGCAGUAUUUUUGUGGCACUAGUCGACUCAGCCUAAUACUGCCCUCCGGUUUGAAUCGAUACAUUUUGAUCACAUAAUUACAUAAAGACUCCACUCUGAUAGGAUUCCUGUCAUGCCUGAUUUGAGCGACAAUUGCACCAACACCAACAGCAUGACAGGUACGGAUAGUGAUCUGAUAUUACGCGAGGAUGAGAUCCAGAGGAAUAUUUCCAUAUUUCCAUAUUUUUUACUUACUGGCGUUAUCGUGUCACGCAGAUGACAACCAUUGUAAAUUAACUUGUCGAUGUAAGAGAAAUGAUAAUCACAAGUAUGGGAGGACGUCAGCUCUUGAUUUUGCUGUUGUUUCUGUUUGAUGUUUACCAGUAUAAAUAAAACAGUGAUA